UCUACAUUUAAAUAUCUAAACAUAAUGCUUACAGUGGAGUUUUUACAACCGUGACAAAUAUCCUUUUGCACUUCUGCUACUGUACUUUUCCUACUGGGACAAUAAAGCUAUCCAUCUAUCUAAUUUACUACAGUACAACAAAACUGUCAAAUUUCAUCAAGACUAAACUGUGACUAUAACUAAAUCAAGUCUUUGGUGAGUGACUAAAACUAAAAUGAAAUGAAAAAUUCAUGUCAAAAUUAACACUGAAUGUCAAUAUGUUGUCAUUUCUUCCUUAUUUUCCAAUGUUUUAUCAGGAAAAGUGUUAAAGUUUUUUGCUUUUCUUUGUGUUCUUGUAAUGAUGAGGAUUUGUUGUUUCAAGAGUCACGUGACUUGUUUAUUGAAACGAUUCCUUACUGUGUGUGUGUGUGGAGUGUGUGCGAAUGCAGAUAAACUAUACUUUUUUCUUACUGUAAAAGUGUCAGAUUAAAAUUGCACUUUAGUGAAUAGUACAGAAGUUAUAUUCUUUUAAUCAUGAGAGUGAAAGUAUUUAACUCUGAUUUUUCAUUUGCAAUCAAUUUAGUUAUUUAAUAAAAUAAAAAAAGAUCAUGUAAACCAGGACAUAACAACAAUUUAACUAGGCAAAAACAUCAGGUAUGCAUUAAAAAGAACAAAACCAAAAAAGUAUAUAAACAUUGAGAUCCAAACUACAGAAAGUGUAACAGAGAAGAUGUAAUUCCACACCCUUUACUUGUACAAAAUAAGUAUUUCACAGAAAAUUCACUCGGGUAAGUAAAAGUAACUCCUACAUUGUGUAUUUUUAUUUGUACUUUUUAUUUACACUGAAAUUUUAAGCCAAUGAUUUAAGAAAAUGUUAACAUUUCUACCAAUUUUCCAUUUUGAUAAAUGCUGUGUUUUUUUUAUAUUUUCAAGUGAGACCAGAGCCAGUGAGGGAAAGAAUCAUAAUCAGCGAAUCACAACCAGCAGUAGAGAUUUUUUAUACAGUGAAAAGCUGAGAACUAGAAUCUGGAUCGCAGUUGAGGAGAGUCGUUGAAGCCAAGAAGGUGGGUUUUGGGGUGUGGGAAUGUGUGUGUUUUUGUCUUUUCCGCAGGUACCUGCAGAGUAUAAAGAAUAUGUUUCCAGAGCUUGCUCAGAUGCCAAACAUUCGCCAGAUCAGGCAGAGACAGGGGGAGAGGAAGACUCGUCUUGGGGCUCCGGAAGCCAUGGCCGGAGCUAUGGAGGAGGUGCACGCAGGCAGGCUCACCAUCAGGCAGGCAGCAGCACAUGGGGUCCCUAAGUCCAGCCUGAGUGACCGAAUCAGUGGAAGGGUGGCAUCUGACUGCAAACAAGGUCAGAUGCCACUUCUCAGUACCAUCGAUGAGAACGCCCUGGUAGAGUACUGUCUGUACUCUGCCAGCUACGGGUUUCCACUGACGAAGCCUCAGGUCCUGGCCCACGCUCUGGCCAUCUACAAUCAACGCCACCGAGAGGCUCCAAAGGUGGCACUUGGUCAGACGUGGUGGAUUAACUUCAGAGAGCGACACCAUCAGCGCCUCACCACCCGGACCCCAGACAUUAUUGACCGUGGGAGGGCUGCCCAUGCUAAGAGGGGGCCCAUCGAGGAAUAUUUCAGACUGCUCCAAGCAACCAUCGACGAGCAUGGGCUGAGGGAGGAGCCGCAGCAAAUAUACAACUGUGACGAGACAGGUUUCCAGCUUGACAGUGUGAGGCGAAAAGUCAUCGUGCCUCGGGGGACCAAACAUGCGUACAGGCAGGCCCCUGGCACAAGAGACCACAUCACCGUCCUGGCCUGUUUUAAUGCGACUGGUGAGGAUGUCCCCCCCUUCAUCAUUUACAAAGGAGGAUAUCCAGGGGGGGCAUACAACAGGGAGGGCAUCCCCAAUGCUCUCUAUGGGAAGUCCCAGGCAGGGUACAUUGAUGGAGAGCUAUUUUAUAAGUGGUUUACCACUCAUUUUCUCCUCCACGCCACCAAGGAGCGUCCGCUGCUCCUCGUCAUGGAUGGCCACCAGUCCCACUAAGGGCCAGAGCUGGUUAGGGCGGCACAGAGAGAAGGAGUCAUUCUUCUGUGCUUGCCACCACACACCUCACACAUUCUGCAGCCUCUGGAUGUGAGUUUUUUUGGACCCUUGAAGGCAGAUUUCUCUAGCACAACGAGUGAUCUGUCGGCUGUUAGCCACUCUUUUCUGAUUUCAAAGAAAGAGUUUUCAAAAGUCCUCAAACAUUCAUAUCAGAGGCUAAAGAAUCGUGGGGUUGUGGUGGCUGGGUUCAGGAGAUGUGGCCUCUACCCUUUGGAUCCGGAUGCAGUUGACUGGUCCCGGGUCAUGCCGUCCGGACCCCAACGUAGGGCACCUUCACCUCCCCCUUCUCCACCCCGUCAGCCUGUUCCACCUUCAUCUCCGUUGCAACCACCUCCCUCCUCUCAAACUCCUCCUCCAGCCACGCCUUCUCCACCUCCUCCUCCAAGACCAUCCUCUCCACCUUCAGCCUCUACGUUGGAUCCUCCACCUCCUGAAGCCAGGCCCGAUGUCUUCAAUUCACAUCCGUUGGUGACUUCAGGCCGUAUUCCAUCAGAUCUUGCCAACCUCCUGGCUGAGAUUAAAUUCACUCACAAGAACAGCAGAGCCAGGAGGAACAUCUCAAAGGCACGGAUCCUCACAGCUGAGGAGAUGACGGCAGCUAUCGAGGAUGCAGAGGACAGAGCUUCGAGGAGAGAGGCCCAGGCUCUGGCCAGAAGAGACCGAGAGCAGCAGCGGGCUGAAGACAUCUCACCAACAACCGCAGCUGCCCUGCCUGGUGAACCAGCCUCCCACCCCAGUCGCAGAAUGUCCUCCGACAGCCCCACUGUCAGUUCCAGACACUCCAUCUCUGGUCCCUCAGCCCCCGGGGCCCCCUCUACAUCCUUUUGCGGUCAUAACUCCAUAACACAAACAACAGUGAGCCUGCCUGCAGUGAUGCCUCUACAAGGUCAAGGAAUACAGCUCAGAACAAAAGCUCGUGGCCUCCUGAAAAAAAGAAAAAGAGCUUCCUCUCCCCCUUCAUGACUUCAAUUGAGCUCCAGCCCCUUCUCUCCGUCCACUGGAUCCACGACACCUACAGCCGGUCACACCACUAAAAAACAAGUGAUGGAGCCAAAGGUGUGGCGGUGUGGCCGGUGUAGACAACCUGAUCCACCAAAUGAUGAACAAGAGGUGUCCUGGGUCCAGUGUGACAACUGCUCUAAGUGGUUUCACACAUUUUGUGUUUCCUGGGAGGAGGGCCUGGAGUAGUAUUUCUGUUAUUGGUGUAUAGAUAUAUAGGUUUUUAGUUUUUAUAUAUUUGUAAAUA